AUGGAUAAAAGUUGUUUAUUAGAGAAACCUGUGUUUAUAGAUCACCGGAUUUUUAUGUUUGAAAGGCUUUAUGAGGAAUUUAAAAAAGAAAUACAAAGUAUGUUAAUAUAUUUGAUGAAGGAACAUGUUGAAAUUACGAUUACUUUAUCUGAUGGUACAUCUUUCCAAGGAAUAAGUUGGGUGACUACGCCUUUAGAAAUUUCCAAAAGGAUAUCUAGAAAAUUGUCAGAAAAUAUUGUAGUUGCUCAAGUUAAUGGUAUUUUAUGGGAUUUAGAGCGACCAUUUGAGGAAUCGUCGUCUUUGAAAUUAUUGGAUUUUAAUACUUUUGAAGGAAAACAGGUUUUUUGGCAUUCAAGCGCGCACGUUCUUGGAGAAGCUGCAGAAAGGUAUUAUGGAUGUCAUCUUUGUAUUGGACCGCCUAUUGAAGAUGGAUUUUUUUAUGAAAUGGCGAUUUCAAAUAGGACUGUACUCAAACAGGAUUAUUUUGAUUUAGAAAAAUUGAUAAAGUUUAUUAUAUCUGAGAAACAAGUGUUUCAGCGUUUGUUGGUAACUAAAGAUGAUUUGUUGGAAAUGUUUAAACAUAAUAAUUAUAAAAAAACGAUUAUAUCAUUAAAAGUUCCUGAUGGUGGAUCUUCUACCGUUUAUCGGUGCGGUACUCUUGUUGAUUUUUGUAUGGGGCCUCAUGUGCUUCAUACAGGAAAAAUAAAAGCAUUUAGUAUAUUAAAGAAUUCAUCUUCCUAUUUUUUAGGGGAUUCUACAAAUGAUUCUUUGCAAAGAAUUUAUGGUAUAAGUUUUCCUGAAAGUAAACAGAUGUUGGAAUAUAAGAAUUUUCUUAUUGAAGCUGAAAAAAGGGAUCAUAGAAAAAUUGGGAAAGAACAAGAGCUCUUUUUUUUUCAUGAGCUUAGUCCCGGUAGUUGUUUUUUUUUACCACAUGGAACUCGUAUAUAUAAUCGAUUAUUAGAAUUUAUAAAAUUUGAAUACAAAAAGCGAGGUUUUAGUGAAAUUGUAACACCAAAUGUUUAUAACUCAAAGCUUUGGCAAAUUUCCGGUCAUUGGCAAAAUUAUUCUGAAAAUAUGUUUGCAUUUGAUGUUGAAAAAGAACAAUAUGCUUUAAAGCCAAUGAAUUGUCCUGGGCAUUGUCUUAUGUUUGCAAUGCGUGAUAGAAGUUAUCGAGAACUUCCAUUAAGAUAUGCUGAUUUUGGUGUUUUACAUAGAAAUGAAUUUUCUGGAGCGUUGACUGGAUUAAUGCGGGUUCGGAGAUUUCAACAAGAUGAUGCACAUAUUUUUUGUACUUUUGAUCAAAUUAAAGAAGAAAUUGCGAAUUGUUUUGAAUUUUUAAAAUAUAUUUAUGAAGUAUUUGGUUUUUCUUUUAAGUUAAAUCUUUCUACUCGUCCUGAAAAGUUUAUUGGUGAUAUUGAAACAUGGGAUCAAGCAGAAAAAAGUUUAGAAACUGCUUUAAAUAAUUUUGGGAUGCCAUGGGAAAUAAAUCCAGGUGAUGGUGCAUUUUAUGGACCAAAGGUUGACAUUAAAAUUUUUGAUGCUUUAAGGCGACAACAUCAGUGUGCUACAAUUCAACUUGACUUUUUUUUACCAGAACGUUUUAAUUUAGAGUAUCGUUUAGCUUCGGAUAAGGAAAAUCAGACAGUUUAUGCAAGACCUGUAAUAAUACAUCGUGCUGUACUUGGAAGUAUUGAAAGAAUGUUAGCUAUUUUGACUGAGCAUUAUGCUGGAAAAUGGCCAUUUUGGCUAUCUCCUCGUCAAGUAAUAAUCAUACCUAUUUCUAAAUCAUUUAAAGAUUAUUCAAAGUGUGUAUAUGAUAAGAUUUAUGACAAUGGAUUCUACGUUGAUAUAGAUUUAAGUGAUAAUACUUUAAAUAAAAUGAUUAGAAAUGCUCAAGUAUCUCAAUAUAAUUUUAUAUUUGUUAUUGGUCAAGAAGAACAGGAUUCGAAUACAGUAAUGGUACGAAACCGUGAUGAUAAGUCAAAACAAAUUCGAAUUUCGCUUGAUGAUGUUAUAAGUAAAUUAAAAGAUCUUCAAUUUUAUAAAAAGAAAGAAAAUUCUUUAGAAUAA